ACAACUAACCAAAAAAAAAAGUAAAGUAAAAGAAUAUAUCUUUUAAAUCUACAGUACAAUUAUUGAUAUAAAAACACAACAUGACAAUUUAAAAAACCUCACUUUUACAAAAACAAACACAAACCUUUCUUCUUCCUCAAACAUGAGAGCCCCUGCUUCUUCAGACAACACCAACAGUAACUCAAAUCUCAUCUGCUAUAAUAACGAACCUACUUCUGUCCUCGAUCUCCGCCGAAGCCCAAGUCCAGCUACGGCGGAGGAGAAACCAGUUGGUAAUAAUAAUACUAAUCAAUUCCCUAUAGAAGAUGAUCAUCAUCAUCAUCAUGUGAUGCGUUCAAUGGAUUGGGAUUCAAUUAUGAAAGAGUUAGAAUUAGAUGACGAUUCUACCCCUACCCUCAAGUCUAAUUUCCCAACUUUUGCCAUUUCUCCACCUCUCCCUGUCUUUCCCGAUCAGUUUCAUCCGCCGGAGUUUCCUGGUCACGGUCACGGAUUCAUCGACAACAACAACGAAGGUGGUGGUGGAUUUGAUUUCGUUGAAGAUCUCAUACGAGUCGUGAACUGUGUUGACUCGGACGAGUUACAACUCGCUCAGGUGAUAUUGUCACGGCUCAAUCAACGUUUGAGAUCUCCGACGGGAAGGCCGUUAGAGAGAGCAGCGUUUUACUUUAAGGAAGCUCUCGGUUCUCUAAUAACCGGAACUAACCGGAAUCAAAACCGGUUAUCUUCCUGGUCCGAGAUUGUUCAAAAAAUCAGAGCGGUCAAAGAGUUCUCCGGUGUAUCUCCGAUCCCUCUCUUCUCUCAUUUCACGGCGAAUCAAACGAUCCUCGAUUCAUUAACCGUACGUUCAUCUUCGCCGCCGUACGCUCACGUCGUUGAUUUCGAAAUCGGAUUUGGUGGUCAAUACGCGUCGCUCAUGAGAGAGAUCGCCGAGAAAUCAGUUAACGGAAUCGGGUUUUUAAGAGUUACGGCGGUUGUUACGGAGGAUUCCGCCGUCGAGACGCGUCUUGUUAAAGAGAACUUAGCUCAAUUCGCCGCGGAUCUGAAAAUCAGAUUUCAAAUCGAGUUCGUUCUGAUGCGUACGUUUGAGGUGUUAUCUUUCAAAGCGGUUAGGUUUGUUGAAGGAGAGAGAACCGUCGUUUUGUUAUCUCCGGUGAUAUUCCGUCGUUUAAACGGAAUCUCCGGUUUCGUUAACGAUUUACGGCGAGUUUCGCCGAAGGUCGUCGUCUUCGUCGAUAGCGAAGGAUGGACGGGAAUCUCAGGAGGAGCUGGAUCGUUUCAGAGAGAGUUCGUUAGUGGUUUAGAGUUUUACACGAUGGUGUUUGAAUCUCUCGACGCCGCCGUUGCUUCUCCGGGAGGUGGUGAUUUGGUGAAGAAGAUCAUAGAAGCGUUUGUGUUGCGACCUAAAAUCGCGUCUGCGGUUGAAGCGGGUGCGGAUAAGAGAGGAGGAGAGAUGAUGACGUGGCGAGAAGCGUUCUGUGCGGCGGGGAUGAGGAUGGUUCCGUUGAGCCAAUUCGUUGAUUUUCAAGCUGAGUGUUUAGUGGAGAAAGCGCAAGUCAGAGGGUUCCACGUGGCGAAACGUCAGGGAGAGUUAAUGCUUUGUUGGCACGAAAGGUCUCUCGUUGCCACGUCAGCUUGGCGGUUUUAUUGAACUAACCGGGAUUGGUUGAAUAUAGUUGUUGUAGAGGGUUUGGUUUGAUUUGGUUUUAUUAUUUCUAUUCUAUAAACAUUAUUAACAAGAUUAUAAAUAUAAACAAUCCGUAAUUCCAAAUAAGAACCACUCUAAGGGGGUGUAUUCAAAGUGGAAUU